AUUGUCAGUUACAUUUUCGCUACUAUGCUUGAGACAUGUGGCUAGUAUGAAAGCAAUUAUUUCGUACAUAAUAUCGGCGCUUUGUGUUUUUAUUACUGAAAAUAUACUUUAAAUAUCAAAAUUUUAUAUUAGAAAAGGAACGUCUAAGAUGUGGAGUGAAUAAACUGUGCCUUUGUAGUUAUAUUAAAAAGUUCAGCAUUCAGAGUUCUAAGAAAUUUGGAUUUUAUCAUCUUUGGAAUUGGAUGUGCAUUCAAAAUGUGGAUCCUAGUGGCGCUGGGUGUGGUGACCGGCGCUUCGGUGGUACGUUCAGCCGGCUACUGCUCCACAAAUACCUUCCCCACGAACACAUCCUCGAUGCACUUCAGCAAAGAACCAGUGCCUUAUGAAUACGGCUUCCAGGACAAGUUUAAGAGCAUACACUGCUGCGUCAAAGGAUACAGGAGCAUCGAAUGGUUCAAAGACGGUGUGGCGUACCCGUGGUCAGCGGGAGUGUCCAACCUGAUACUGUAUCCCGAGGCAGCCAAUCAGACGCUGUACACCAGACGGGCAGCGAGAUCCGACUCGGGGAACUACACGUGCAAACUGAGCAACGAAACCCACAGCGAAACACAUACAGUCCGAUUGAAUAUUUUAGAAAAGCCUACGGACGCGCCUAAAACGAUGUUCAUAUCGAAAGACCAGUGGGUGGAAGAAGACAGCGAGCUGCGUUUGUUCUGCGAGGCUCUCAUCGGUCGUCCAUAUUUAGCGGAUGCUGUGCGCGAUCUUCGUUGGAGGAAGGUUUGGCCGAAUGGUACCGAGGGAGAUUUAUCUCCAACUCAGACCGAAAUCAAAACAACGAGGGAGGACGUGGAGGAUAUCAUCGGCUCCUACCUCACCAUCUCCCGGGUGUCGGCGCAUGAUUACGGAACAUACGUGUGUGUGGUUCACAGUAACGACGUGGUCGCCAGGAACUACGUUACAGUACACUAUAAAUACGCCGGGGGGUCGGGGUGGUGCGGCGGGCCGGGGGUGCCGUGGCGCGCGGUGGCGGCGGGCGGUGCUGCCGGCGCGCUGCUGCUGCUGUCCGGGCUGGUGCUGCACCGGCGCUGCACACCCACGCUGCUGCUAGCCGCGAGACACGCGCGGGCCAGGGCUGCCACCGCCGCGCAUAGAGCGAGAGUUCUGGAGAAGGAGUUCGACGUGCUCGUCUGUUGGACCGCCGUGGACGGGGAGCUGGUCCGCGGCGCGCUGCUGCCGACCCUCGCGCUCAAAUACAAGUACAGAGUACACACGGCGCCGCUCUCCACCACGCCCGACAACUGGUACAGUUCCCUGGUGUGUGAGGUGUCCCGCUGUCGCUCGCUGGUGGCGGUGCUGUCUCCGUGUCAGUACUCCCCUCAACAACUGCUGACGGCUCUCAGACAGCUGCGAGCGCUGCCCGUGCCGCCUGUCGUGGUUCUUCUACAGGACCUGCCCAAGCUGAAGCGCGAGGCGAAAGAGAGCGGAGAGAGUCUGGUGGAAGUGCUGCGAAGGACGCGCCUCGUCGCCUGGAGACACGUGCACGAGCGAGCCUUCUGGACGCAGCUGCGACUGGCCCUGCCUCUCCCGCCGCCGAGGACGCAGGAAAAGCACGUUGUCGAGACCGAGGAGAGCAAAAACUCCCGUUCGGGGAGUCUGACCGCGCUCGUGUGAGUCCGGAGUCCGCCGCACGCUGGACUUGACGAAGUCUGCGGACACACAGACUGCAUCGUGUAGUGUAGUGUUGAUGGACGCUCAGUGUAGACCGGCCUUACCUCACGAACAUUAACUGGAGCGCCCGAGCUCGACGUUACACCUGCACGUAGCCCUCGAUAACACGGAAUCUGUAUAGCUCUAAGAUCUCAGUAUCUCCCUCGUCUGAUCUACUUAAAGUUAAUUUCUCUUUAACGUGCCAAAGGGGGAUUGUUAACAUGACAAUUAAUAUUGAAACGUUUCGGUUCUAUUGUAUUUAUUCUAAUUUAUGUCUAGAUGUAUAUGUCGUUGUCCUCUGGCAAUAUGUAUGCGACUGUCCUUCCUCUAAAUCUAUCUCUAAUUAGUUUUAUGUUUGAAAUUGUCUAAAUUACACAAACGAUGUCGUGACGAUUUUGUGGUCUGUGAUAAAAGAUUUUGUGACGCGGUUGACGCACCCGUGAAGUGACUUAGAGAUCAUAACUGUUUAGAUAAAAUGAAUUAUAGUGAGUAAGGAUCAUGUAGCCGCUGUAAGAGUUAUUUUUCUAAUGUGGUCUGUAUAUUAAUAAGUAUUUAAAAUCAGAUAUUGUAUAUUGUAUAUCUCUUGUAGUAAGAUGUACUCAUUACAUUCCACAAUUAUUAUUAUUAUUAUUUUUUUUUUGUUAGAAAUAAGUUGGAAAUAUGAAGCGAAAAUUAAUAAUAAAACGAAAAAAAUAAAGAAGUAAACGACUGC